AUGACCUGGGCGGUGUCUCGAAGUUGCUACCGGCAGCUCCUUCGGGAGUCUGCACGGGUCAACUCCCUCCCUGCCUUCCUCAUACCGGCAUUUUCACUCCCCCAACGAUCGCAGACAUUCUCGACUUCCGCAGCGACACAAUCCCGAAUCGGGUCUGCGCCGAUUUCAGUUCCACCAGAAGUGUCCUUAAAAUUCAUUGAUUUGCCAAAAUCAGGGGCGACCACGAGAGUGACAGCUGCGGAUACUCCUGCUAUGGCUGUGGAAGUAUCUGGUCCUUUGGGUCAAAUGACGCUGAAGAUUCCUUCAUUCUCUACGCUGCAAUACGAUGCAGAAACCCGAAAGGCGAAGUUUGAUAUAGCCAAUGUCGAGGAUAAGCACCAAAAAGCCAUGUGGGGAACAAUUCGGCAACAUCUUAAAAAUUACAUCCUAGGCGUUUCUGAAGGCCACAUUUGCGUCUUGAAGCUGGUCGGUGUCGGUUUCAGGGCGUCGAUAGAACCCACAGCCAUCACACUCACACCCGAAUACUCCGGGCAGCAAUUCGUGUCCUUAAAGGUUGGCUUCGCGCACCCAGUCGAGCUGGGAAUUCCACAGGGAGUCAAAGCAAGUACUCCACAGCCGACAACUAUUCUACUGGAAGGAAUUGAUAAAGAGAUAGUUACCCAAUUUGCGGCAAACAUCAGAAAAUGGAGAGUCCCAGAACCAUACAAGGGAAAGGGUAUCUUCGUGAACGGAGAAACGAUCAAAUUAAAAGCGAAGAAGAUCAAAUGAUAUCAUUGUCGCAUUUUUUGGGAUAUCUUUGGGUUAUUUUUGCUGUAUGUACAUGAUAGGUUUUGGUAUCUUUUUUUCAUAAGGG